AUGUCACUCCGCGCACCUCUCCUUAUUUUGUGCGUGAUUGUUCUCAUCAUUUGUCUGCUGCUUCCCAUCACGGUUUGGGAAGCAUUUGUGGAACACUUGGAACACACUCUUGAAACAUUUAAUUGGCAGAGAUUUCUCACCUCCACCACGCUUUACCGCCUCUUUGAAGCUGUGAGAACUUCUGCAGACCGGAAUGGCUUCCUCCAUCCGAAUAUGAUCAGAAAGGACGCUGCAACAAGUGGCUUGAUAUACCGCGAUCUCAUACACGAAGUGGUUCGGCUUCAUAGGAGCCAACGUGCCGGAUUUGCUCACCUAUCUCAGACGCGAAUGAGACGCUUACCUUCGUCAAGUGAAAGAUCCGAAGCACGUCAGGCACUCUUGGCUGCGAGGAUUCACCAAAACUCACGACAGUAUUUGAAAGCACGAAAGCUGCUACAGCAUGCUUUUCGACUGGACCCCAAUAAUCUUGAUAUCUUGAUUGCGUUGGGUGAAGCAAUCGAAGAUCAGUGGAGAACGAUGAAGCUGAUCGAUCGGGACAAUGGAAAGUGUUAUCCGAGUUCUUUGAUGAAUGUAAACGAGCAGGCCGUUGUCGAAGUUGACGAUCUUUUAUUGACCGCGGAACACCUCUACACACGUGCUCUGAUUGUGGAUCCGAAAUCCAGAACGGCUGACCAAUCCAAAGAACGUCUAAUGCCACUGGUUGAAGAGAUUGACCAACGGCGAUUCAACGUGAUUGAUAUGAAGGUCAAACGUUUCUACGAGGUACCAGAAUCCAACCCGGGCCUGAGACAAGCCAAAAUGGAACACUAUUUUAAGCAUGUCUACCAUUCGAAUGCUAUCGAGGGUAACACGCUAACUCUCGCUCAGACUAGAUCUAUUUUGGAGACCCGAUUGGCCGUUGGAGGGAAGAGUUUGAUGGAACAGAAUGAGGUGCUUGGUCUGGAUGCUGCUCUGCGUUACAUGAAUGCUACCUUGCUCCGGGGAAAGUCCAGGCCAGUCACGCUCGACAUCAUUCUUGAGCUACAUAAGCUAGUUUUAGCUUAUGUGGAUCCCAGUGAGGCUGGACGUCUUCGUCGGACGCAGGUGUUCAUCGCUGAUCACCAGCCCCCUCCGCCUGACGCGGUUCCGCAACUCAUGUUGGAUUUGAUUGAUUGGCUAAAUUCAGAGGAGUUGUUAGACGUGCAUCCGAUUGAACUGGCCGCACUGGCACACUGGAAACUAGUCUACGUACAUCCGUUCUACGAUGGGAACGGGCGAACUGCUCGGUUGCUCAUGAAUUUCAUCCUUAUGCGUGCCGGCUUGCCCCCAGCGAUUAUCCGCGUUGAAGAUCGUCCGGACUACUAUGAACAUUUGAAAACGGCGAACGACGGUGAUGUACGACCUUUCAUCCGUUUCAUCGCCACUUGCACAGAACGCACUAUCGACGAAUAUCUGAAUGCAGCGCUUGGAACAACAGCUGUUUCCGGGACUAAGCAAGCACCGCGGAUUGAAUCGACCCUGCCAUUAACCACAGACUACGCCAUCCCUGCCGAAUGUCUGGAUCCGUAUCACAUCAGCGAGUGGCCAGGCAGCCAAGACCCAUCGACUGACAAGCACGACGACGCUCAGGUUAAAGACACCCCAGUUCUACCAUCUGUUCCGCAUCGAAAGCCUUCACGAAGGUCUUCUAUCACUGAUGACAUCCAACUUCUGCCGAGUAAAUUAACCAUGUACGGCGUGAAGGAACAGGUAGAGAAGUUUCGUCGCCAACUUCGGGCUGUUCACUUCGCAUACGAUGUGGAUUUCCAAGGGAUGGUUCUGGGACAACCAGCUGCUUUUAUCAGUUUCUACCGACGACUUCUGUGCGAUCACAGCACAAAAUUGACGAAGCACUUGGUCGACAAAGGGUUCGGUCUCUUAGGUUUGACGGAUGAUCGCUUAAUGGAGUCCCUUUACCGUAUCAUGCGAGAUUUGCUCAACACACGAGCCCCGAUUACAUUGGCGCAGUUUUACAGUCCUGGGUUCAAGGAACGGAAACUGGAAAUGGCAUCCAUGUUGACCGAGCGCUUGUGUUCUCUUCUCCCUACAAAGCUUUCUCAAAAGCCAGGCCCUCAACGCCCAACCAGCACAAGCGGUAAUCCUAACCGUGUCAUUGAAGUUCGCUCUUUGCCCGUCCGUGACUACGUUCAGAGGGUGCGCAAGUGUCACUCAAUCCCUCAGGUGUUACCUGACGUUCUCCUACCUACCUCAGACCCCACGGUAGAUUGUGCUCUUGACCGCGUGACCAUCAAGAGUUCAGACGGCAUAGGUCGUUUGCUUGAUGCAAGACAAUCAUCACAUGCUGAAAUCGGUUCGAUCGCCUUUCCUGAAUCACGUGUUGCAGGAGACUGCAACGAUACCCUUGGCAGUCAGUUCCAGAAACCGGAGGUUACCUUCGAUACCCAUGUGUGGGGUGAAGAAUCUCACAAUCAGGUAACUCAGCCGAAUUUCGGUGAACGUUGCAGUCCUGGAAAUCGAAUAGCCAAGCAACAAAAGAAUCAAUGUUCCACUAUAUCCAUUCGUCGCCAUGUUCGCAAUUUAGUUGCCAUUAGUACUACUGUUUCAUACCUUUGUCGCCUGAAACUUAUGGUAUCCCAUUCUCCUGUUCGUUCCCAGUUCUCGGCCAUGAUUGAUUCUGUCGGACAAAUGAAUCAAUCUCAACGGUUGCAAUCGGAGUGUAGCGGUUAUUCUAUGCCCUAUGCAAAAACUGGCAACUCUUAUUAUUUGCUGAACAGCAAUCCACGACCAUAUUGCUGCAGUAGCUCGGUUCCGAAGACCGGAAAACCUGUCCCUCUCAGUAACAACCGUCCACCUGUCAAGCGGACCACUCUGGCUGCGCGUACAACAGUCAGUAGUACUCCUAGCUCUAGGAUGUCGUCGUCCUUGCAUCGUUGGCCUUCUGGACAACACCCACCUACCGAGGACGAACCUGAAGCUCCAGCGAUGACGUCGCCUCGUGAUCCAAUGGAGGAAAUUCUAACCUCUCUUUCAAAACUGACUGGUAAAGUGGAUACCAUGUUGACACGUUUGACCUCCUUGGAGCUACGACUUCCACGGGUGGACCGUGGCCUGAGCACUGCUCGUUUUUAUGAGUCCAAUAGCAGAGAUGCAUCGGAAGAACCGAGGUCCUGCAAACCAGGAGAAAAAGUUUCUGGUGGAAAUGAGCCGCGCGUUUGCCCGUCUGGGCGUGCAGAGUUCUCCCUGAUCCCUUUCACAGUCGCCGCUACAGGGCCGUGCUCUACAACACUGGUGGAAUCCACCCUGACCUACCCGAAACCACAGUUAACCCCUCCCUCCUCUCAGACAGCAUCCAGUACGACAACCACUGUGGCGGGUACGCCGCGCCCGUUCACUCCACUGCCAAUGAGUCCCAGGACUUCGGUUUAUCCACAAACAGUUCGCGCAUCACCCCUGGGUAACUCAAACACAGCCAACGCUCCCUCCAAGCAGGUUCCGUCCGUUCCAGCUAACCGGUUGUGCGACGACCGGACCUCUCCGUGGAAGUUCGGGAAACACAUGUUCAAUGAAAAUCGCCGUGAUACCAGUUGGGCUAGUGCUUCAGGUAUUGAAGAAACUGCCCAAUCAUCCAGUAAUUUUCUAUACACACAAGCCAAUAUUGCUCACAACCAACUCAAUGCCAAGGGACAGAAACAAGCCUCAGCUGAUUUUACCACCCAUGUCAACGCCACCAGUCUUCCUGUCUCACCGAACCAACCUUCGGUCCAAUCAAACUUCCAACUAGACCCAUAUAUAGGACGCUUCAAAAGGCCUGCCUUGUUUCGGCAUACAGACUCGUUUGAAUACUCUGCGAACAAUAGCUUAGAAAACCGACCUCCAUCAUCCAGAUUUGUUGAAGCCGGCAAAGAGUCUGCCGAUUAUGAACACGCCUCCAAUGUCUCGGGUACCUACCGUGCUCAAGUAGACCGGAUCACUACCAUGUUAGCCGAAACUCAGGGUCUUCUGGAAACACAACGUAUGAAAGUGGUCAACCGGGCAGCAUGAAUCAGACGUAUGGAAGAAAUGUCUCUCAGGCGUUAGCAUUUUCGGAGGGUUCUGUCUAUCCGACGGUCUCUGAUCUACUCUCGGUAUUAUCUUAUCUACUUUGGACUGUUUGUCAGUAGUUUAAAGUAAUAUGUUUACACUCUGCCUUGUCGCAGUUUUUUUCAUUUGCACUCUAUUUUCCCACGCACCUCUACAGUUACCGCCGGCCGGUUCAUUUCUUUCGCAAGGGAUGUGUUGUGUAGGAUUCAGUGAAUCCACUUUUCUUCUCUCGAUUUUUCCAUUCAGUUUUCUCUGUGCCAUUGUGCGGUAAAAUUUGUGAUGAUGUAGCUU